CUCUAUGUAAACAAGUGAUCCUGUUAUCAAAAGUCAACAUGUGAUAAAAGUUAACCAAAUUUGAUCUAAUUAGGUCAAAAUCGAAAAUGACAGUGGUAAAAAGUAAAACUGAGGGGUCCAGGACAUCCAGUAAAAUAGGAUGUACGAAGAUAUGUAUAGCAGCAGUGAUGUUUUUAGUGUUUUACAUUGUAUCAGAAUUGAGAUCUUCAGACAGUCAUACUGUUGUAAAGUUGGACCCAAACCACCAGCUGCUGCAAAGUAAAUUUUCAAUGAGAAGUUUAAUGGGAAAUAAUGAUACUGAGUGUAGAGAAGUUAGAAAGACAAACCAUAGUGAGCAAUGUGAUUUUAUCAGGAACACAGAUGAUUGUGCAUUGGAUGAGGGUUUUAUUGAUUAUCUGAAAUUUACAUAUUGCAACUUUAAUUCUUCUCUAAGGCCACUGGCAUUAAUCAUUUUGUUUGUAUGGUGGGUUUUCUUAUUCAUUGGACUUGCUGUCACAGCUGAUGAUUACUUCUGUCCAUCAUUAACAGUUAUAUCAAAGACUCUUCAUCUAAGUCACAAUAUAGCAGGUGUAACAUUUUUAGCCUUUGGUAAUGGUGCUCCCGAUAUAUUUUCUGCCAUAGCUGCUGUUGGUAAUGCCAAGAAUGGGGAUGCAGGUCUGGCUUUUGGUGCUUUACUUGGUGCUGGUGUAUUUGUGACCACUGUUGUUGCUGGAACCAUUGCAAUCAUCUGCCCAUUUGAUGCCAUGCAGAGACCAUUUCUAAGGGAUGUCAUAUUUUAUUUAGGAGCAACAUUUCUCACAUUCACAGUCUUAUGGCAAAAAGAAAUCGGAAAAAUUGAAGCCAUAGGUUAUAUUUUGCUGUAUGUACUGUAUGUCCUCAUUGUAGUGAUAGGUAGAUAUUUUUAUCAAAAGAAGAAGAAAACAACAGUUUUGGCAGAAAUUACAGUUUCUCCUGAAGAUACAGAAAAUCUCGAUGAAAGUUAUCCUAAUUCCGUAGAGAUCAGUCGUGAAGAUUUAGGUGAAGGAAAACCAUUGCUACCACCAAGAGAAGACCAGAAAAGGGAACCAGGAACUCCAUUUGAAGAAUUUUUAUCAGCUAUUAACCCUAUAGAUGUUGAUGAGUGGUCAGAAAUGAAGUGGUAUGCUAAAGGAUAUGAAGUAUUCAAGAGUCCAUUAGUUUUUCUCUUGAUUAUAACCAUUCCAGUAGUAGAUUACAGAGAGGAAAACCAUAAAUGGAACAGAUAUCUAAAUUCAUUACAGAUUUUUACUGGAUUUACAUUUGGCUCUUUUGCAACAAAAGUUGGUUUAGAGACUAUUGGAGGUUCAUUCCCUGUAUGGGUAUUGUUGAUGGUAAUUGGUUUAAUAUUAUCCAUUGUUGUGUUCUGUACAUCAAAGAAUGAUGUUCAGCCUGUGUAUCAACCAGCAUUAGCCUACCUGGGUUUUGUUUUAGCUGUGGUAUGGAUCUAUAUCAUAGCAAAUGAAAUAGUAAAUAUAUUACAGACAUUUGGUAUUGUGUUCAACAUUAGUGAUGCCAUAUUAGGAUUAACCUUAUUAGCCUGGGGAAAUAGUAUAGGAGAUUUAAUAGCCGAUACAGUGAUGGCCAAGCAAGGUUUCCCUAGAAUGGGAAUGUCAGCUUGUUUUGGUGGACCACUGUUUAAUUUAUUAUUAGGUAUAGGGAUACCAUUUACCAUAGGUACAAUUAAAAAUGGUGGUACAUAUAAGAUAAAGAUAACUGUGGAGGAGGUAGUUUUAGUAUCAUUUUUAAUGAUAAGUCUACUUACCUCCCUUGUGGUGGUGCCAUUAUCAAAGUUUCGUAUGUCUAAGCCAUAUGGAAUACUGUUAAUAGUUGUUUACAUUGUCUUCCUCAUUGUGGCAAUUCUGGCUGAAACAGGAACUAUCACCGGUGACAUCAAUCCGUAAUUUAUAGUUUCCAUGACAACUAUUUAGUUUAUUUGCUUACUGUGAUAAGAAAUUCAGUGGUGACAUCUAUUUAUAGACUUUUCAUUUCCAUGACAACAAAACUGCUUAUAUGCUUACUGUGGUAUUAGUUACUUGGGUAACAUUGUUCCAUACUCCUUUGUAGUUUCUAUGACAACCAUAUUGUAUAUAUGAAAGUUAUGCAUACUGUGAUAUUUCAUUGCAAGAGAGUCACCUCUGACCUUUACAUAAAUACUUUAUAGUUCCAAAAAGAUUGCCUUAAUGAAUAUGGUGCCAAAAUGAACACAUUGAAUUCCGCAUAUUUUAAUGUUAUUAUAUAGCAAAGGAAUUGUGAUGGUGUUAUGUUAUGAAAUGUUAAUGUGCAAUAUUUAUAAAAAAAUGUUAAUAUGCAAUAUUUAUAAAAUAAUGUUAAUGUUGUUCUCAAUAUAAUGCAAUAUUUCUGUACAUUUGCAAUAAUUCAUGAACCACAAAUGGACUCGGAGGAAAAUUUGUUGAAACAGUUUUAGCAAACACAGAAAUUUUCAAUAUCAACAUGUGAUGUCAAAAUCAUUUUGAUUGGUUAACUAUAUGUCAUUGGUUAAAGACAUUAAGGUAAUAAUUUCAAAUUAAAUUUCACUCACUUAUGAAGUCUUCUCCACAGUACAAUUUAUAUAUCAAUAAUUUAAUUUUGGAUGUAACACGUCUUCUGAUUGGCUGAAAUUUGUUUUGUCUAUCAGCUACGUCAUCAACGUUUUUUCAUGAUUUACUCCAUAAAAAUGGAAUUUAGAAUUAGAUUAUAAGGAAUGACUAAAAUAUUCAUUCUGCCAAAAAUACUAUGCUGGUUAAUCAGUAUGCACCAAAUUUUUGACGUUAUUUCUUCAUAGACAGAAAAAUUAUUACAGUCUUUCCUUAAAUACAAAAAUAAAGUGAACAUGCAUUGUAUAAUAUAUACAGCAUUAAUGUUACAAAACUGAACUGAAUAUAGAAAAGACAAUGACGACAAAGUGUAUACAUUUGUUAAUGUUAUACUAUUACCAGAGGCGGAUUCAGAGGGUUUUUCAGGUGGCCCGGGCCCCCCCUUUUGUGGGAAAAAUUUGGUUGAUUAUAUAGGGAAUCAAUGAAGCAUGACUGAAACGGGCCCCCUCUUAGGCAGUCAGUAGGUCCCCCUUAUGAAAAUUUCUGGAUCCGCCACUGAUUACACUUUGCCUAGUAGCUAAAUUUAAAGAUAUGAUUAGUGCAUACUGUGACAAAGCCAUUCCCUUCUCAUUUAUUUGCAAGAAAAAUUGAUGAUAUUUUACCCUUUAUAGAAAAAAUCUGCUAUUUCCAUGCAUAAAAUAUAGUAACAAUAAUAUAGAAGUUUCCCAAAUUCAAAAUAGUUUCAUUCCUAAAAUGUUUAAUUUUUUUUUACUUUUGUGAGGAAUUGAAAACAACAAACUCUUAUGAACAUGAUGAAUGAACUGCAAUAAAAAAUCAAGGUUGUUUAUGUAAAAAAUAUUGUAAAUCAACUGUAAGAAAGAUAACUCAUGUAUGAUAAUGUAUGAAGUGAACUUAUAUAUCACAUAUUUUUAUACAAUUUAAUAUUUAUAUACUGAUACUUACUUAUUUUUAAUAUCGUUUGAUUAUUUUUUAAAUCAUAUGUUUUUUCUGUUAUUUAGAUUUUUAUGAAAUCCACAAUUGUGAAAUACUCUUGUAAAUGUUGUGACUUUAUUUCAAAACCUGAUUCUACUUGGCUUUCAGUACUUUUGAUUCAUUAAUUUUCGUGGAUUGAGGAAAAAUUGUAUUUUCAUGGAUAUUUGAUUUUUUUUUCCUGAGUCAGAAUUUUAGUCUCUAGUAAGAUUGUAUUUUCCUGGAUAUUUGAUUUUUUUUUCCUGAGUCAGAAUUUUAGUCUCUAGUAAGAUUGUAUUUUCCUGGAUAUUUGAUUUUUUUUCCUGAGUCAGAAUUUUAGUCUCUAGUAAGAUUGUAUUUUCAUGGAUAUUUGAUUUUUUUUCCUGAGUCAGAAUUUUAGUCCCUAGUAAGAUUGUAUUUUCCUGGAUAUUUGAUUUUAUUUUUUCCUGAGUCAGAAUUUUAGUCUCUAGUAAGAUUGUACAUUAUUGAACCUUUUAAAUUUGGUGUUCAGUUAUACCUAUGAAAUACAUGAAAAUUGGUAUCCGAUGAAUAAUAAUGAAUCCACAGUAUUUAUUUUGCAUUCCUUAGAUACUGGAUCUACUGUAAACCAACUUAUUUUCGCUGAUACUUUAUUUCGCGUUUAGCCAUUACCAGCCCAUUUUGCGGCGAUUUAAUUUCGCGAUUUUCAAAUUUGAUUGAUGUAGUUAAAUAACAAAAAAAUCCAAGUUUUAUAUACUCAGGACGAUUUUUUAUAUUCGCGUUAUUUUUCUACUCGCGAAAUUCGCGAAAAUAAAUCGAUCGCGAAAAUUAGUUGGUUUACAGUAUUCAAAGGUUGUAAUGAAAUUUAGGUGUAUGUACAAAUUAUACUAUUUAUUUUCUGUUAAUGAUAGGUAAUUGAUUAUCGUAUUACCAUAUAGUGUUUAUCUUAUUUAUAAAUAACUUUUAUGUAUACAUGUAAUAAUAUUUUAGGUUAUUUGUUUCCAUGACCAUAUGAACUGCCUGUGAACAAAUUUACAAUAUUGGUUUACUCUAUUAUUCAUUUAUUUCUAAAUGCAGCUAACAUUUUUAGCUAUUUAAUUUUUUUGUAACUCCUAUGUGUAUGUUAACUAGUACUUUAGGGUAAAUCUGAUAGAUAUUGAAUUAACAACUUAUUAUGUAUUGAUAUGAUUUCCCUGUCAAAUCUAUUUGGAAUAUUAUACUUGAGUUUUGUUUUUAUUAUUCAAUCAUUAGAAGAGGGGCGUAAAGGGGGGGAAUCUGCACGGAAGAAUGCGAAAUAAACUUGCAAUUUCACGAUGAACAAACAAUUAAAAAUUUCUUGCACAUUGAUCUUUUUACCGAUUUCACGAAACAUGGUGAAUAAUGAACCUUUUUCAUGGCUGCACGUGAAAUAAAAAUGGCAAAACAUGUUGCACGAAAAUAACCCUUUACCACCCUCAUUAGAAAAAGGAAUCUACCCUCUUGCCUCUUCAGUUUUGAUACAUGUAUUUAAACAGUUUCGAUCAUUUAGCUUUAAAAUGUUCAGUAAUUAAGCCUCUUAUUUUUAAAUUAUGAAAAUGUAACUAUCUGCAGUGAUAUAAUAUCAUUAUCAAUGAGGUACUGUGGUAGAAUCUAUAUAUAGAUGUAAGUAUACAUGAGUACAAAUACUAACAUUUUAAAGUAUAGGUAUAAUGUUUAUUACCGUUAUUAUUUUUAUAGGUUUAACAAGUGUGGAUUUUUUUUUAUGAAAUUAUAUGUAUAUAUAUACUGCCUAUUAAAAAGUGUUAAUUCGUUCAAGGAAACUACAGCAAUAUGUAUGAUUGAAAAUUUUUAUGAAAUUAUUUUCAAGAAAAAAGUGUUUUUUAUAAAUUUAUAGUAUUUGAAUCAAGAGGACUUGUUUCCAUUUUGCUAGCAUAUAAUAGCUUAGCUUUAUGGCAAAACCUGGUAAAUAAUGGAAUUCACUUACUUCAAUAGACAAAUAGUGUUGGGGUUCAGGGGGUAUCCUUUUGUUAGUUCUUCAAGUUGAAUUUCCUACCAAGCAGUUCUUGCAGAAACAUUAUUAAAAAACGUCAGGCAUUAAAACUGAAGGUUAAAUUGCUCAGGUAAAUAUAUGGUUAAGUCACCUGAAGUAAGCUGUUUUGUAUGAAUUAUAUUGAUAGCCAUAGAUAGCCCUUUUGGAUAACUUUUUUAUCUUUCCUGAUAUUCAAACUGAACUUGCCAAUUGCAAGAACACUGGUUAACACAUGUAAGGCAACAAUUUGAUAUUUCCCUUUGGUCUUCAGGGCUUAAACAUGUUAAAGGCAACUAUGCUACAAUCAUGAAAUUAUAAGUUGUGCUUUUUUGUUGUUGAAUUUUUCUAUGCAUUCUUUUAACAUUGUCACGGAUAGCAUGUGCAAUCAUAGUUGUUGUAUUUUAUACGGAAAUAAAAUAUUAUAUUAAAGUGCCUCACGAUUGUUGUCAGCCAAUCAAAUUUAUGGAUUCUAAUGAUACAUACAUGUAUUAUAAUUAUACAUUUAUACAGGUGUCUAUAUUAGAACAUGUUUAGUGCAUUCAUUAUCGCUAUUGUUGAACCAUGAUAAAAAAUGUGAGACUAAUAAUUACAACAUCAGGAAAUACUACCUACAUAUAAUUAUGGAAUUUUAAAUUUGAGGUUUUACUUUGCUUAACCAUACCAUUGCAAUAAAAAGAACAUCCCAAAUGUUUCUGAAUAAACAGUACUGUAAAUUCAUAAAUUAUUGUGAGUUUUUUGUCUCGCGGAGUCAAAAAGCGAGACAUGGGUAUGCUGUUUCCAGCGUCGGUGGUGGCGGCGACGACAUCAACAAUGUAUUAGUUUGUGAUAAGGUCUAGUUUAUGGUGAACCACUAGUGGUAAGUUAAAGAUAUUUGGUAUUCAGUUGUAUUAGUAUUGGCACAUCUCAUUACCAUGGAGAUUAUUUGGCCACACCCCCUCUGUUAUGGUCUAUUGACUUUGAAAUUUUUGCUUAGUUUUCAUGCAUUAGUUUGUGAUUAGGUCAGUUAAUGGGAAACCACUAGUGGUAAGUUAAUGAUAAUUGGUAUGCAGUUGUAUAAGCAUUGGCAUAUCUCAUUUCCAUGGAGAUUAUUUGGCCCCACCCCUCAGUCAUGGUCUAUUGACUGAAAUUUUUGCUUAGUUUUCAUGUAUUAGUUUGUGAUUAGGUCAGUUUAUGGGGAACCACUAGUGGUAAGUUAAUGAUAAUUGGUAUGCAGUUGUAUAAGCAUUGGCAUAUCUCAUUUCCAUGGCGAUUAUUUGGCCCAGCCCCCUCAGUCAUGGUCUAUUGACUUUGAAACUUUUGCUUAGUUUUCAUGUAUUAGUUUGUGAUUAGGUCGGUUUAUGGGGAACCACUAGUGGUAGGUCAAUGAUAUUUGGUAUGCAUUGGUACAUCUCAUUACAAUAGAUUAUUUGACCCGCCCCCUCAGUUAUGGUUUAUUGAAUUUGAAAUUUUGCUUAGUUUACAUGUAUUAGUCUGUGUUUAGGUCAAUGGUAUUUGGUAUGCAGUUGUAUUAGCAUUGGCACAUCUCAUUUCCAUGGAGAUUGUUUGGCCAUGUACCUUCAGUCAUGAUUCAUUGACUUUGAAUAUUUGCAAAACUUACAUGUAAAAGUGUUGCUAUUUUAAUUUCAACUUUUGCAUUAUCGAAAUAACCAAAAAGCGAGACAUAUCUCUGUGAUAACAGUUUAUUUAUUAAUGCGAAAAAUGCGGCUUGGUGAACAUCCCAAUAAUAAGAAUUCAUUUUGAUAUCUGGUAGAUAUUUAUGUAUGCAGCUUUUCCUGAAAUUGCAAUAAUUUAUUUUGCAUUUUUGUCUAUUCUUCAAAAAUUGCAAUAAUUUCUGACUUUACAGUGUGUGGGUACUUAUAUUAUGUAGUGUUAUUAUUUAUUUUAUUUUGUUAUAUGGUGAAAUGUAUUUUAUUUUAUUUGUCUUGUUGAUUAUUUAUUGUUAUUGUUUUAUAUUUAAUCAAGUUAAUGCUUACUUGCUCCCUAUUUAUUGUGCAAUAACAAGAAUAUUCCACAUUUAAAACAUAGUAAAAACUAUCAUACUGGGGUAAUUCACUCAUUUUUACAUCAAUACUAAUAUAAGUCUGUACUGAGACAAUAAAAUUGAAAAAUGGA